AUGGAUGCUUUUAUUAAUCUACUGAGGCAACAGUACCAAAACCAUCCAGAACAUUUCAGGAGCGUCAGAAUGUGCUUUCUUGAUCAUGUAUUUUCUCGGCAGUGGAGGGCCUCCUACCCUGAUUUUAAGAGCGACGCUCCUGACGCCAACGGUUUAGGAAGAAGACUCCCUGGUGGGGCGUGGAAUUAUCAUGCAGGCUUGAUACCUUCUUUUUGCCAAUCUAAGAAGGUUUGGGGGGUGGAUGUAGAUGAUAUCUAUGCACCUGUGAACUUCAAAAACCAGCAUUGGAUUGCUAUAUGGAUAUCGAUCCCUAAGAGGCACAUCGUCGUCUGGGACAGCAUUGUCUCUCAUAUUAGCCCUAAAGAACUCGAUGAGGUAAUGGAGCAUUUUGUCACAAUGGUCCCUUAUCUGCUUGUUGAGUGCGCGCUCUCUGACGAACAAAAGGUUCAAUACACAUUGGAGCCAUACACAUAUGCGAGACAAACCGUUGGAGUACCUCAGUGCCGAGCUGGUGAUUGUGGCACCUUCACUCUGAAGUACAUCGAAUGUCAUGCUCUUGGGAUAGAAUUUCCCACCGCGUUUGACAAAAAACACGGGAAGACCAUCAGGGAGAAGAUGGCGCUGGAUAUAUUUCGAGAGCUUCUUAUGUGCCAUGAAUGGGAAAACCAAGACAAUGAUGAGAACCUGGCAACGUAUGAUUAGAUA